AUGGGUAAAAUGGCAGACCUGUUCGAAAUAUUAAUAGCUGAAAAAGCUAACAAGCCUUUACAAGGCGAACGCCCAACGGGCAAGAAACGAACGGCAGCCGAGCGUGAAGACGACGCUGCCGGCGGGGACGAAUCAGAAUCAGAAACAUCGUCCUUCAGGUCUAGAGGCAAGCGACAACGUCGCGAACAGUCUCCUGAUGCCAUAAGCAUUCAUGCUGGCGAAAGCGAGGAUGACUUAGCACAGCUUUUGGGAAGCUCUGAAAAAGAGCGGGAAAAUGAACCUGACACCGAAGCCGAACAUCUCUUAAAUGAUCUUGCGAAACGCCUAUCGGACGAUGAAUCCACAGGUCCAAACAUAUCGCAAAAAUUAGCUGAUAUAGCAUUAAAACGUUGGGGUAAACAACUCAACCCUGAAAAAUUGAAGAGUAUACUAGAGAAAUAUACUCGUCCUGAAAACUGUCCGGGUAUGACAUGCAAAAAAGUCAACCCGGAAAUAUGGCAGUUGUUGGGUUCAAAGAGCAAGAGAACAGAUAUUCAACUGUAUAAUUUACAGCAAUCAGUUCUCAAAGCAACAUUUGCAGCUUUACAAACAACAAAUAUGUUAAUGGAAACUCCUGACAGGGAUAACUCCCAGUUGUUGGCAAGCUUAGUAGAUACUGUAGCCAUUUUAGCACAUACCCACACUAACUUGUCUCUGGUCAGGAAAGAACAAAUAAAGCCUGCCCUUAAACAGGAAUACUCGGCAAUAUGUUCACUGGAAGACCAGCCAAACAGUAAACUGCUGUUUGGAAAUGAUUUAGCAAAAAAUUUAAAGGAUGCCAAAGAGGCUAGUUCCCUCAGUUCUUCUAUGAAAAGUUAUCCCCCCAAGCAGUACAAUUACUCUGCAAACAAAAAACCUGCCUUGAAAAAUAAGCAGGAUUUUUGGCAGGGCCAGCGCAAGAACAAUCAAAAGAAAAAACCCUGGAGGGGGGACGAGAGAAGAAGUGACAGAACUUCUCAAACAAAUCCGAAACUCG